AUGGUGCCGCUACCCCAUGUAGGCGAGGCGUAGGCUUACUGCGAAUUCAGGAAGUCGAGUCGAGUCAUCCAUCAGUCGGCUGAUCAGAGCGUCAUUGUAACUAUCGACUGUAUGCAACAAACUUUAGCCAGUAGGCUAUCCUACAGCAACCUAGUCUUCUUAUUCAGUGUAAUUUAGAUGAUGAGAUUAGACGGAUGGAUUAGAUUAUCAGAUAACCGAACUGUAAAAUUCAUAUUGGCGAACAUAUAUUGGCUAUAAUAUGAACACGUGCGCCACAUUGUCCACUGACUCCAAAGGUCCGCUUUUUAUUGCUUUAUUCUUCUGUUCAAUCAGCGUCUAUACACUUCACUGUAGCCACAGUUUUCGCGAACAGCACAUUGACAUAGUUAAUUAAAGUGUAGGCUAAGUAUACUAAUUCAUUCAUAGACGAGCUGAAUAAAUAUAUAUUGCCUACAAAGUGCAGAUAAUGUUAGUUAGAUUGCUUUCGAUGUACAAUGAAUCGUAUUCAUACCGCCAAAAUAGUAGUAAUAGGGGCCGGAUUUGCGGGAAUUGCAGCUGCAGCCACCUUAUUUGAGGCUGGUUUUCAACAUGUGCAGGUCCUGGAAGCCAUGGGAAGAGUAGGUGGCAGAGUGUACACAAUGAGACCAUUUGGCUCUGACAUCAUAGAGCUGGGGGCAAACUGGAUUCAUGGCCAGGAAGGGAACCCUCUCUUUGAGCUUGGUAAGGAGCAUGGUCUGCUGUCAGAGGGGCACUCAGCCAGCACUAAAAUGUGCCUACCUGGAUCUAUAACCCCUUGUGACUACUUCUUCAAAGAGGAUGGGAGGUUGCUGCAGGCUGAGGAUGUCGAGCAGGUGUGUGCCCUCUUCAGUCGACUCACCACCAGGGCAUUCGACUCUGAACUGGAAGAUAGGCACUGCUGCCUUAGCCUUGGGGAUUACCUUGACAACGCCUUUGCUGAGUCACCAUUGGCAGCAACAGAGGAUGGCCUGAAGGUUUUUGAGUGGUGCAAGAGGUGCGAGUGUACGGAUGAAGCAAGCUCUUCCCUUUAUGAGGUGUCUGCCUCCCAGAUUUCGCACUAUGAGGCCCUGGAGGGAGGCUUUUUUAAUUCCCUUGGUCCAGGAGGGUAUCAAGCAUUUAUAGACGUCCUUUUAAGAAAGUUGCCAGCAGGGGUCAUUAUGACAAAUACCCCUGUGGCACACAUUGAAUGGGCCUUAGAUGAGAGUGGCAAGAGGUCAACUCAUCCUGUGCAAAUUGUUUGUGAACAUGGUCAGAGCUUUGAAGCAGACCAUGUAAUAGUGACAGUCUCGUUGGGGGUUCUGAAGCAGAGGGCUGCACUGAUGUUUCGUCCCCCUCUCCCAAACUCCAAGAUGGCUGCCAUUGAUAAACUGGAAAUUGGAACAGUAGACAAGAUUUAUCUCUGCUUUCCUGAGAGGUUUUGGCCAGAAGACUGUGCUGGGAUACAACUUGUAUGGGACAAUGGACCUGAGGAUGCCGCUGUCUACACUUCAGAGCUGGAAGGGGAGGCCUGGAAGGAGACAUGGUUUAAAAAAAUCUGUGGCUUUGACACGGUGGCUCGCCACCCGAAUGUUCUGUGUGGCUGGAUCACAGGCAGAGAGGCACUCCAUAUGGAGACAUUGGAGGAUGUAGAAGUAGGAGAUGUUUGCAUGAGAUUACUCAGGUCCUUUACUGGCUGGCCUGUGCCUGAGGUCUCUCAGGUGUUGAUAUCCAGGUGGGGGCGUGACCCUUACGUGCGUGGCUCCUACACGUUUGUGCCACAGGGGGUGCUAGCAGAAGAACAUGGGGCUCUGGUUGCACCUCUCCCACCUGAGCCAAGUUCUGACGACAGGAAGCCUCUGCAGGUGCUGUUUGCUGGAGAGGCGACACAUGUGAACUUUUAUACCACUACACAUGGAGCUUAUCUCACAGGUAUCAGAGAAGCACAGAGACUCAUUAACCUCUACACCUAAAGAUUCUUAGAAAAAGAAUGACUCACUGCCAUUAUGGAAUUCCUGGAAGUUCUCUUUCAGCUCAUUCUAAAUAGUCCAUGACCUAACUAAGAAUGAUCUUUGUGGUUUUUGAAAGGUAUCUGAUACUGUCUGAAGGUAAUUGAUUUACGUUGUUUAAAGAUAAAAGUAAUAAAGAAGAGUCUUUAUCUACCCAAAUAAUUGAUUGUGCUUACUUGCAAAAGCCAUAAAAUGGAAAACAUAGGGGAAAAAGCUACAGACAGGAUAAUUGAUUUCAUUGUUUGAACUGUUCUGGUUCAUCUCUCUAAUAUCAUUGGGUUACACCAUUAAUCAUUUAUUCCAAUAUUAAUUUGUAAU